AUGGAAAAUGAAACCAUCUCAUCCUAUUUUUACUUUACUUUAUUCAACAGUCAAGGAUUGACUAGAUAUGUAUUUUUCAGCCUGGGACUCAUGUUGUAUGUAUCCAUAGUAUUUUUUAAUACAUUUAUCAUUGCAGCCAUUAUUCUGGACACCUCUCUGCACAAGCCUAUGUACAUACUUAUUUCUUGUCUGUCAGCCAAUGCUCUCUAUGGCUCCUUUGGUCUUUUCCCUCGGCUAUUGUUAGACCUGCAUUCAGACAUUCAUACAAUAUCGCAUUCUGCAUGUUUCAUCCAGAUUUUUAUGAUUUACACGUAUGCAUCUUAUGAAUUUACUCUCCUCACUGCAAUGGCCUAUGAUAGGUACAUAGCUAUAUGUCAACCACUGCAGUAUCACAGCAUUAUGACUUCAAAAUGGAUCGCUCUCAUAAUAGCUGGUGUUUGGAUAUAUCCAAUGUUCACAAUUGGUGUAGGUGUACUAUUGGCUGUCAGACUACCUUUAUGUGGUAACAAGAUAGUGAAAUUGUAUUGUAGCAAUUGGUCAAUUGUUCGUCUGUCUUGUGUAAGCACCACAGUUAAUAAUCUGUAUGGAUUUUUUGUUGCUGCAACAACAAUUUUCAUGCCAUUUGCAUUUAUUUUGUAUACAUAUGUACAAAUUCUAAUCAUUUGUCAAAGAAGCUCUUCAGUUCUUUAUAAACAAAAAGCCUUACAUACAUGCUUGCCUCAUAUUGUUAGUUUUGCAAACUACUCAAUUGCUAUGUUUUGUGAAAUCACCUUUAGUCGUUACAAACCAGGGGAACUGCCUGAAAUAGUAGUUACAAUUCUGUCCCUUGAAUUUCUCAUUAUUCCCCCCCUGUUAAACCCCCUGGUUUAUGGUCUUAGUUUUCCAGAAAUACGUAGGAAAAUGAGUCAUGUUGCAUCUUCUCAGGCCGACAGCCCGGAUGCCGCAGUUCCAGAUGCCGCCAGCCUAGAUGGCGCAGUCCUGGAUGUCGCCAGCCUGAGUGAACCAGGCAGCCCAGAGGUCACCAGCCCGGAGGCCGACAGUUAG